AUGCAUAUUANUUCCGGUGACAGCACUGCCACCGGAACGGGUUCUUUCUCACCGGAGUUUCGCACAGAUCAAGUUCUCCUCCCCGACGAGCCUCUAGACGACAGCUCCUGGUUAUCCAGAGCCGCAACCUUUACGCCGCCUCCGGAGCUCGAUCUUCGGCCGAUCAUUACCAAACGGGCAACCACCCCACGGAAGACGGCGGUGAGUUCUCCGGCGGGGGUGAGACUUAGACUGCGGUCGCCGCGGGUCUCGACGAGGAAAUCAGUAUCGGUAAGCAGCAGCGCAAGAAGAAGCGGAAGCGGAAGCGGGUCGUCGGCGAGGCGGAGCAGGGCGGUGGUGAAGGCGUCGGUGGAUCCGAGGAGAGACUUUAAGGAAUCAAUGGAGGAGAUGAUAGCAGAGAACAAGAUAAGAGCGUCAAAGGAUCUAGAAGAGCUUUUGGCUUGCUAUCUCUGUCUCAAUUCAGACGAGUAUCACCCUAUUAUCAUCAAUGUCUUUAAGCAAAUCUGGCUUGAUCUUAAUCUUCCACCUUAAUAUUCCAAUUUUAUUAUAUAGUAUUUUUCUUCCCCUUAAUUUUAGUAAUCUCUCUCUCUCUCUCUGCUGAAUAAGAUGCAUGUAUAUAGUAUGAUUAUUCUUGUACUGACUAUUUUAGAUGCAUGGUCGUCUAGAUUAGCAUAUGAGGACUUUAAUUAUUUUCCUUGUACUUGUUUAACGGCCAUUCCUUGAAUUAUACGUACUUA